GCCCUGCGUGGUGCCAACAGGUUUCUUAGGCAACCGCCCAACAGAUCCCUAGAGCCUCGGGAGAGAGCGGAUGUUGUGGUCCCUGGUCCACAGUGAACAGUGUUUUAUAUUAUGAUUUCUGAAGAGAAGACAGAGGACUAUCCUUUUGCAGAUAUAUUUAAUGAAGAUGAAGUCGAGAGAAACUUUUUAUUAUCCAAACCUGCUUGCUUUAUUAUAUUUGGGAAACCAGGGGUUGGGAAGUCAACAUUAGCCCAGCACAUAUCACAGGCAUGGAAAUGUAUUCAUGUUGAAGCAUUAUCGGUUUUGGAAGAACACAUUGCUGCUGAAACUGAAUCAGGAGUUAUGCUGCAGUCGAUGCUGGUCAACGGUCACAGCAUUCCAGAUGAGCUUGUCACGAAGCUCAUCCUGGAGAAGCUCAACUCUUCAGAAGUCUCCCACUUUGGUUAUAUUCUCACUGAAAUACCAUCACUUUCACAGGAUGCCAUGACCAUUUUGCAGCAAGUAGAAUUAAUUAGAAAUUUAAAAUUGCAACCUGACAUUAUAAUCAAUAUCAAGUGCUCUGACUAUGAUUUAUGCCAAAGACUUUCUGGGCAAAGACAGCACAGUGUAACAGGGUACAUGUACACCAGAGACCAGUGGGAUCCUGAAAUCAUUGAGAGUCGCAGGAGAAAGAAGAAAGAUACUCCCCAAACCAGAAAAGUUGAAGAGGAAGAAGAGGAGGAGGAGCAAGAAGAAGAAGAGGCAUUUAUUGCUGAAGUGCAAAUGGUAACUGAUAUCUUUCAAUACCUGAUCCAGAGACCUGAAGAUUUUUUGGAAAAUAUUGAAAGCACUGUGAAACUUUAUAAGGAGACAAUUCUCCAUGCUUUGGAAGAGCUGAUGGCUGAACACAGUCCCCAGUAUCUCAUUGAGCUAGAUGGGAAUAAGACCCCAGAGGAGCUCUUUGCAGUAAUUCUAGAACGACUGAACUAUCUGAAUAUAAGAAGAGCAGCUAUUAUAACCAAGCUACAGAGUACAGAAGAAAUGAAUGACCUACUAGACACUGAAGACCUGUUUCAUACUCUUUCUUCUUAUAAACUCAUUGCACCACGGUAUCGAUGGCACAGAAGCAAAUGGGGGCACACAUGCCCCAUAGCUUUAAAGGAUGGCAACAUUUAUUCAGGAGCAGCAGAUUUUUCCGUGAGUUUUUUAGGUAAAAUGUACUGCCUUUCUUCGGAAGAAACACUAAAAACAUUUUCACUGAAUCCUCGUCUCUGGCUUCUGCCACCUAUGCCAAUACCACCUUGCAAAGUCUUCAUAUUUGGGCCUCCGUAUUCAGGAAGAACAACGCUUGGCUGUUUGCUUGCAGAACAUUUCAAAGGAAAGGUAAUUGACUAUACAAAACUUGUUCAGCCAAAAUUUGAUGAAGCUCGUGAAAAACUAGUAAAAGAUGCCAUAGCUGAAGCCACCAACGCAGCUAUUAACGUUGUGAAAGAAAAGCUUCUGGCAGAUCUACAAGCUAAAAUACAAGUGGAGAAAAACUUAAGAGGAUUUCAAAAAUAUUAUACAGAAAAAGAGUAUGAAGACUUUCCAGAGUACAAGAUGGUUAAGAAUUCAAAGGAAUUACAGUUAAUGGUUGGUGAAGAAGGCUCCAUGAGAGACAGCUCUUUAGAGGUCACUGACAAAGACAGAACACCAUCAGAAAACACCCUUGAUGAUCAAUCUGUGACUGUUGAUAAAGAAGAUGAAAAAGAAAUCAGUGACACAUCCACACCUAAGAGGAGUUCUCAAGAUUCUCAAGAAGAGCAGUUGAGUUCAGACCAAGUCUCAACAGAAUUGUCAAUAGAAGAGGUAACUGAAAACCACCCAGUGGUUAUUUCCAUGCUAGAGGAAACUCUAAAACAGGCAAAGGAUAUGAACUUUGAGCAGCCUUAUGAAAAACAUGCUGAAAUACUAGAGGAAAUCCUCAAAGAGGCAAUGGAAGGUAACCAAAAUAGGUUUCCUGGUGCCCCCAAAUAUGGAGGAUGGAUUGUGGACAAUUGUCCUGUUGAAAAAGAGCUGUGGAUGGCCUUUCUUGAUAAAGGAAUUAUACCUGAUUUGGUGAUCAUCUUAUCAGACACAGACAACAAUGGAAAAUCCUUAUUAAAUAGAACAUAUUUAAAGAAUAAGCAAGAAAUUGAUGCCAAGAUUUUAGAAAGAUUGUUAGAUGAACUUCAAACCAAAAAAAAGGAGGAAGAAGCAGAACGAAAAGUCAAAGUAGAGGAAUUGAGAAGAGAAGAGGAAAAACAAAGGAUAGCGGAAGAUGUGGCUAAGAAAACAAAAGAAACUGAAGAGGCUGAUAAUGAAGCUGACGAGGAAGCUGAUGGUGAGGACUCUGAGCCCCAUGAACAGUCUGAGGUACCUGAAAUGCCUGAGUAUACCAGAGGCUCGCUGUUACCUGAGGGGUCUGAAGCAUCUGAGCUCCUGGAAGCAGAACAUGAACCUGAAGGAGAAACUGAAGAGGCUGAUAAUGAAGCUGACGAGGAAGCUGAUGGUGAGGACUCUGAGCCCCAUGAACAGUCUGAGGUACCUGAAAUGCCUGAGUAUACCAGAGGCUCGCUGUUACCUGAGGGGUCUGAAGCGUCUGAGCUCCUGGAAGCAGAACAUGAACCUGAAGGAGGAAAACCUCAGCUGAUUUUGUUUGAAUACUCCGCUGUGAGUAAGAAUGGUGCUGGUGAAGAAAAAAUUAAAGAGAAAAGGAGGCAUUUGGGAGAUACAAAACACUUUUGUCCCGUGGUCCUCAAAGAAAACUUCAUUCUGCAGCCAGGCAACACGGAUGAGGCUGUGAGAUACCGGGAAAAGAUCUACUACUUUUCAAGUCCUGAGGCUAAACAAAAGUUUCUGGAGCACCCUGAGGACUAUGUGGCUCAGAACGAACCAUUAAAGGCUCCUCCUCUAAGGAUAUGUCUUCUGGGUCCCCACGGCUCUGGUAAAACUGUAUGUGGAAGAAAGUUGGCAGAAAAUUUCGGCAUUUUUCACAUUCAGUUUGAUGAAUUUCUCCAAGAAAAAUUACUGCUCAAAGCUGAAAGAAAAUUUGGACCUGAAUUUGAAGAAGAUUCUGAGGAGGAACAAGCAACAAAGCGAGAACUUGAAGAGCUUGCAGUUCAGGCCAACGUUAAAAUUGAAGAAGAAAGUACAAAGAAGCAGUUCCCAGAUGUGCAAUUUACAGAAGAAGAAGAAGCAAUCAAAUUGAGUCUAAUGGAAAAUGAGCCAUUGCCUUCUGAAAUUCUUGGCAGAAUUCUUUCUGAGUGGUGGCUUAAAGAACCAAUACGUUCCACAGGCUUUGUACUAGAUGGCUUCCCACGGUACCCUGAGGAGGCCCUGUGUCUGGGGGAGCGUGGAUUUUUCCCAGAUGCUGCCAUUGUAAUACAAGUUGAUGAUCAAGAUAUUUUUGAUCGGCUUCUUCCUGCACAAGUUGAAAAGUGGAAAAUGAAACAGAACAAGAAAUUAGAAAGGAAAAAGCUCAUCAAAGAUAUGAAGACAAAAAUCAGGGAUGAUUUGAUUGCCAAAAGAAAAGCUGAACUCAUUGCAGAGAGGGAGAAAAAAAAGAAAGAAAACAUCACUGAAAGGCUAGAUGAUGAGAUUAGUGAUGAAGAGCCUGAUGAAGAAGAUAUUGCAAACAUCCUUGAAGAGGAGUUUCCAAAAGAUGAGGAAGAGAUGACUGAGGAGGAUGAAGAACAGGAAAGCGAGGCAACUGAGCGCCUGAGAAGUGAACUGGGAGAAAAAUUUGAAACAGAUAGAAGUUGUUUACAAAUGAUACAGGAAGAAUUUGAGAAGUUUCUGAUACCAAUAAUUCACAUUAAUGGAUCUCGGAAAAUCCAUAUUGUACAAUAUAUAUUGAAUUUGAAAUUGAAGCCACUGGUGGAAAAUCGUGCAAGCAUUUUUGAAAAAUGUUAUUCAAUACCAGCACAUGUUGCUCAAAAAAUGCUCACCUUUACCUACAAGUACAUGAGCUCAUUCGGCUAUUGGGACCCUGUGAAGCUAAAUGAAGGAGAAACAAUCAAGCCAAUUGAAAAUGCAGAGAAUCCACUGAAUCCUGUAAUCCAUCGUCAAUAUAUUUAUUUUUUAUCUAGUAAACAAACUAAAGAAAAAUUUAUGAUGAACCCAAUCAAAUAUAUCCGGCAACCCAAGCCUAAGGCUACUAUGCCUGUUAGGGUUAUGAUUGUGGGGCCUCCGAAAUCUGGGAAAACUACAGUUGCCAAAAAACUUGCAAGUGAAUAUGGCUUAAAACGCUUGUCAGUAGGAGAUACUUUGCGUGCUACAUUAAGCAAUCAUCCGGAAACAGAGCUGGCACUUCUGCUGAACUGGCAUCUUCACAGAGGAAUGACUGUGCCUGAUGAGCUGGCUCUUCAAGCCUUGGAUCUUGCCCUGAUGGAAAGUGUGUGCAAUACCAUAGGUGUGGUCAUCGAUGGAUACCCUGUCACUACACACCAGAUGAAUCUCUUGGAAGCCAGGUCAAUUAUUCCCAUGGCCAUCUUUGAGUUGGAUGUACCUUCCAAGGAGAUUUUCAAAAGAUUAAUCCUAGAAAAAAAGACUGAACAAAGUCUGCCUUAUCCAUUGCACAAUAGUACCCAGAUUAUAGCUGUCAAGAAUGCAAAGUACCGCAAAAACAUUAGUGAGAUUAGGAAAUUUUAUCAAAAACAGCACCAGAACUGGCAUGUGGUUGAAGGAUUUCACAGUAAAUGGUGGGUUUGGAAUGAAAUCAUUAAGGACAUUCAGCGGAUGAAUAAAUACAUACAGACAUACAUGGAAAGAAUAAAAGAAGGAAAAGCUGCCUGCAUUGACAAGUUAUGUAUCACACCGGAAGAGCUGGUUUCUCGCCUGGGAGAAUUUGGACAGUUUUGCCCUGUCAGCCUGGCAGAAUCCUAUGAAUUACUUGAUUGUUCUGUAACUGACAGCUUGGAAUUUGCAGCAGAGUUCAGGGGGCACUAUUAUAAAAUGAGUUCUCAGGAAAAACUAAAUAAAUUUCUGAAGAAUCCAGAGCUGUAUGUGCCUCCCUUGGCACCUCAUCCACUCCCACCUGCUGACAUGAUCCCCAAAAGGCUGACACUGUCAGAGCUAAAGAGUCAAUUCCCGAAGUGUGCUGAGCUCCAGGGCUACUGUCCAGUGACCUACCAGGACGGACAUCAAAGAUAUGAAGCCUUAGUACCUGGUAACAUCAAGUAUGCUGCAGAGUAUCGUAAUCGUAUUUAUAUUUGUGAGAAUGAAGAAAAACUCCAGAAAUUUUUGAGGUUGCCGCUGCAAUACUGGGACCAGAAGCUUGCACAUAAACUUCCCCCGCUAAAGGAACCGAUGCACCUUACUAGUCUCCCUUUGCCUGGCUAUCUGGAACAGGGUACUGCAACUUCCCUAAUCAAAGCAAUGAAUGCAGCAGGAUGCUUGAAGCCCAAAUUCCCCUUCCUGAGUGUGAGAAGAUCUGUACUCCUUUAUAUAGCAUUUCAUCUCAAAGCAUUUAACCCCAAAGGCUCUGAAUAUUCAAGAAAGAAGUAUAAGAAGAAAAUGGAGCAGUUUGUGGAGAGAUGUGAACUCAUAACAUACCUGGCUACCAAGAUGACCAGAAAAUAUAAAGAACCUCAGUUUAGAGCUAUUGACUUUGAUCAUAAGUUACAGAUAUUUUUAUCCCUCAGAAACAUAGACCCAGUGAAUGGAUAGUUGACUUAGGGUACCACAAUGCAAAUAUCAAGCAUUCCAUCCAAGGGAUAGAAGUGCAUUUCCCUCCUGCUUGAGGUUGCCUGGUUACCAGGCCUCAGGUGAACUGGGAGGCCUACCAUUCAGAAA